AUGGUCGCUGACCUGAAGAACGAUUCGCCCCCGGACCUCAGCGAUGAGGCCGGCACUGUCGACUCAAGCUCACCUGUAAACGAGAAGGCGCUGCUACGCAAACUUGACUUGCGACUACUUCCGGCAGUGGGAAUAUUAUAUCUGUUGUCAUUCUUGGACCGCAGCAAUGCGGGUAAUGAGUAUCUCACGGGCUUGACGCUGUACUUCAUUGGUUAUGUUCUCUUCGAGAUCCCUUGUAACAUCAUCCUCAAACGGACGACGCCCAGGCUAUGGCUUCCAACACUCACCGUCGCCUGGGGCAUUGUCGCCACUUUACUUGGUAUCGUGCAGAACAAGACUGGUUUCUUCAUCGCUCGAUUCUUCCUUGGUGUGACUGAGAGCGGAUUAUUCCCUGGUGUUGUGUAUUAUUUCUCCAUGUGGUAUAAGCGACGUGAACGACAAUAUCGCAUCUCGCUCUUCUUCAGCGCUGCGUCACUCGCUGGAGCAUUCGGUGGUAUCUUGGCAUAUGGCAUUGGUAAGAUGGCGGGGGUUGUCUGGGAUAACGGAUGGCGAUGGAUCUUCAUCCUGGAGGGUAUUGCCACCGUGGUCGUAGCUGUCGCAGCAUACUGGUUCAUCGAGAACUAUCCCGACACUUCCAAAUUCCUCACAAAAUCAGAGCAAUCGUUCAUCCAUGAACGCCUGCAUGCUGAUAGUGACGCCAUUCGCGAAGAGAAGUUCAGCUGGGCUGCUGUCCGUGAGGCAUUCCGUGACCCAAGUUGCUGGCUUUACGGGCUAGGCUUUCAUACGAUGAGUCUACCGCUGUACACCCUUUCGCUGUUCCUGCCCACCAUUAUUAAGGACCUCGGAUACAAAGCAGCAGUCGCGCAGUUGUUGACAAUCCCACCAUAUGCCGUCGCCUUCGUUUCAACUCUGGGCGUCGCUAUUGCCUCCGAAAAGCUCGCCAAACGCGCCGUCUUCAUCGCCGGCUCCGCUGGUGUCGCGGCAAUUGGCUACAUAAUUCUUCUCGCUAACACAAAUCCUACCGCAAGACCAGGAGUAUCAUACGUCGGCACGUUCUUCGCUGCAGCUGGUAUAUACCCUGCCACUGCUCUCGUUCUCAGUUGGCCCGCCAUCAAUGUCUCAGGACAGACGAAGCGUGCUAUUGCGAACGCUAUGCAGAUUAGUAUUGGAAACCUUGGUGCAGUUAUGGGAACGCAGCUGUAUCGAUCUGGUGAUGGGCCUCGUUUUGUGGUUGGACAUUCGAUGGCGCUGGGAUAUCUUGUGGCCAAUAUCAUCGUGGUGAGUAUACUUGGCUGGAGGCUGAAGAAGCAGAACGAUGCACGGGCGGCGGUGAGUGAGGAGAUUAAGCAUGUUGGAGAGGUGGAGGACUGGAGAGGUGACACUGAUCCUCGAUGGAGGUUCGAAUAUUGAUCUUGGAGGUGAAACAAGAGAAAAGCGUGUAAUUAGGUGUUGUCUGUUGAUGGCCCUACAAGGGUUUCAUGAAAACAAUAGUAUGCAGACAGAAGAAUGCAAACUUCUAAUGAACUAAGUUCCGUUGUCUUUCAGCCGCUCAUCUCCCUCCCAUAUUCUCAUCCUGAAGCUCCCAGCACUCACAGACUCGACGUCGCCCUUGCUCGCAACCUAGCACCUACCUUCCACAGCAACAGCGGCGCUGCCAACUCAAGCGCCAAUUCCGCAAACGCCAUAGCACUGUUUCCCCAUCCAUAUCCAAGCGCAGCAUACAUCUUUGGCGUGAACAGCGGAAACAGAAAAGCAGCCAAACUGCGAGGAAACUGCUGCGCCGCAAUAGCGCUAGACGUAUGAUCUGGAUAAGCAUCGAUCAAAUACGCCUGCAAGGGCAUACCAGAAAUCUGCAUGCCAAACAUGGUGAUGA